AUGACUUUGUGCCCCAGAAGCCAUCUGAAGACAUUGGCCCAGGUGGAAAAGGCACAUCCCGACGUCUUCAACCUCUGCCUGCAGAUCCUCGAGGACGGCCGUCUCACUGACUCGAAGGGGCGGACGGUGUCAUUUAAGAACGUGACUUUGGCAGCACCUAGCCAUGUUAUCCCAGCUGCUGAAGUGGAGAUGGAGAAGACGGACGGCAUGUUCGCUGGGCUUGAGGACGACGUCGACACCUCCAACUACCAGAGGUUGAAGACCGUCGUGCAUGACGAGCUCAAGAACUUCUUCCGACCAGAGUUCUUGAACCGACUGGACGAGAUCAUCGUCUUCAAGUCCCUGAACAAGCAGGAGGUCGCUCAGAUCGCGGAGCUGGAAUUCAGGAAAGUCUUGAAGCUGUGCGUGGAGAAGGGCAUCAAGCUCUCCAUGACAGAUCGAUUCAAGAAGAAGGUAGUGGAUGAGGGCUUCAACCCAGUCUAUGGGGCCCGGCCCCUGAGACGAGCCAUCACCAGAGCCGGCCCAGACAUCCUGGCAGCGGAACCUGGUUCGCCAGGCUUGCCUCUGAAGCAAGACCUUCUGACAGUGCAUGCCACUGCCCGGCAAGCCUCGGCCGCGGCCGAGCAGUCGCUUUAUGCUCGCCUAGACAGUAGCGACAUCCGGGAAGCCCUGGGCAAGUGCUGUCCAUCUGCGGCAGUGCUUCCGGCACCCGCUCUGGCCGAGCGCCUGCGAGCGGAGGUGCGCAGCGCAGAGGUGGUCUCAGGCUUCAGCGCACAGGUCAACGCUUCGUGGUUCUCAUUCUCUUUGGAUGAGGCGGAAAGGAUUCCGUAUUACGAGAAUCUGUGGGAGAUCUGGGUGCGGAAUCGUGCAGAACUGUCUAACUACAGCUUCGGCUUGGACUGGAUCGAGGCGGCCUACUUUGGCUUCAAGCCAUUCGAAGUUCAUGCCGAGCCCAGGACAAUGGCAGAAGCCAGGGAACGGGCACCUUACUUCGCGCUCAAUGCUCUGCGAACGGAUGCUGGUAGCCCUCUGUAUGGCGACAUCACAGUUGUUCUCCGGCCCAGCGUGGCAAAUGCGGUCUCCAUCGUGUCGGCGUUCGACACGGGAAGCUGGGCCGGAAUGUGCAACAACUCCUUCACGCCUCCAGCUGGAGGCUUCGAUCACAACUGCUCGGCCUAUCCUGGGCAUGCCGGCCUGGGAAGCCUCGAGGCUUUUGAUCAUUUGCUUCUCACCAACGAGCAGUACUGGCACAAUGCGCACACACUGGAGCGGCUCCUGGUGCGUACCCUUAGCCCAAGCUCGACGCUGACGGGUCCGGACUUCGUCCACUACUUCGAGGUCUUGCCUGCAGCGCGCUUGAGUUUUCCAGAUCACAUCAAGUUCGUCAUCGCCUCCUUCCCCAGUCUUUUCGGUACGGCCCGCGGCGAGCGGGUACGAGCAUGGUGCCGCAGGUACGGCUGGACCCUGCUCUGGUCACUGGGGCUCAACCUUGGCUUCACCACCGACUAUGGCAUGCCCCAUUUCUGGGACGUGAAGAACCAAUCGGGGCCUUUCCGCUCGCGCUCGAGGCUUCUGGAUCCUGAGACGAUCGGGCAAGGUGUGAAUGCCACGCGCAGCGGCUUUGAUGCCUUUGCAGAGGCAUGGGCGGCUGUCGUCUCCCUGCGCACGGAACGGCGCUUGAAGCCACAGGACUGGGAGCAUCUCUGGACAGCUCUGGCCUCGAGCAUGUCGGCAGCCUCAAGGCUUUUCCCGCUCCGUGCCUCCUCCUGCGCGGACAUCGAGCACUGCCUCGGUGUUACCGAG